GCAGAUAUUCCCAACGAUGUUGACUCCACUUCAGACUCUAGCGAGCUUGAGUCCAGGCUACAGGCCACAGAAGCUCAGUUGAAAGCAGUCACGGAUGAAAAAAACAUCCUACAGGACAGGUUAAAAAAGUCGAAUGAGGAAAAUCUGAAACUUGCUAGCACUAUUAGGAUCCUUGAAGAGGAGAAAGAGAAAUUCGGAGAGGAGACCAAGAAAUUGAAGGAGGAAUUAGACAGUCUUAAGAAAGAACAAGAUGAUCUGUUAGUGCUACUAGCAGACCAGGAUACAAAAAUUGAAAAAUACAAGUCACAGUUGAAGGCACUUGGCCAACAG